AUGGGUAAGAAAGUGCUUUGUGGCUACGGUAUCGACGUAGAUGCCGUGAGUGCUUGGAUGAUGCCCCGAGAGGGUGGGUGUUGCACGGACAGGACCAACAUGUCUCGCGGCGUGUUUGGUGCCACGGUUGGCCUCGAUCGGGUCCUGAAGCUUUUCGACAAGUACAACAUCAAGGCGACCUUCUUUACUCCGUGCCAUACGCUCGAGUCGUUUCCAACCCAACUGGCCAAGGUGCGCGACGCCGGUCAUGAGAUCGGUAUGCAUGGCUACACCCAUGAGUUUGUUUCGGAUCUCUCCGAGGAGCAAGAGCGCGACAUUUUGACCAAGUGCAUCGAUGUCAUCACGAAGUUUACGGGUAAGAAGCCUCGAGGCUGGACAGCUCCAGCUUGGACACCGUCGGCGAAGACGGUCGAGAUCCUCGAAGAGGCCGGGAUCGUCUACGACCACUCCUUCAUGCAUCACGACUGUCAACCAUAUUGGCUCCCUCACAGGAACAGUGUCACGGAAAUCAACCUCAAGAUGAAGGCUGCCCACUGGAUGAAGCCCAUGACGGCGCUCCAGCCUUCCAAGAUCAUUGAAAUCCCCGCCAACUGGCACCUGGAUGACUGGCCGCCCCUUAACGUGGGACAGAUUGUCGGGCAGGGUUUUGUCGACCCGGACGUCGUGCUGAAGUUGUGGAAGCGGCAGUUUGACUUCUACUAUCGGGAAUAUGACUCGUUCAUCUUCCCCAUCACCUGCCACCCGCAAGUGACCGGCAAAGCGCAGGUGAUCCUGAUGCAGGAAGAGAUGAUCGAGUACAUCAACAGCCACGAGGGCGUGCAAUGGGUGCCGCUCGAGGAAAUGGCAAGGCAAUUCAAGGAUGGCGAGCUGUCGGGCGCCACGGUGUUCGGAGGCGUAGACAUGUGA